AUGGUGCCCGUCGAGAUGAGAUAUCCUACCAUGGAAAAGUUAGCACUCUGUCUCGUUAUCUCAGCUCGGAGGUUGCAUCCGUACUUCGAGGCCCAUUCUAUCGUCGUUUUAACCAAUUCUCCCCUCAAGAAAAUCCUCCAGAGGCCUGAAGUGUCAGGUCGGUUAACCAAGUGGGUCAUCAAACUUGGGGAGUUCGACAUCCAGUUCCGACCAAGGACAGUAAUCAAGGACCAAGCCGUGGCUGACUUCAUUAUGGAAAUCACCACCCCAAAUGAAGGGGGGAUCAGUGCCAAAGUCGAAAUGACUCCUUCACCUGUUCCUUCAAGUGACCAAAAGGCGAUGUCAGAAUCAGGGUGGGUUCUAUAUGUAAACGGGUCGUCCAAUGCCAACUGUGCUGGAGCAGGAAUUGUCCUGAUAUUGCUUGAUUCCACACCCAUCCAGUACGCGAUCAGACUCAAUUUCAAGGCCUCCAACAAGGAGGCGGAGUACGAGGCUCUGCUAGCUGGAUUCCGGCUGACAGCUAGUCUAGGGGUCCAGGCUCUCCAGAUUCUUAGAGCAGAAAAUUCUUGGGCCGACGCCCUAGUGAAGCUAGCUUCAGCCACGGAAGGGAAGAUCCCACGAAUCAUUCCCAUGGAAUUCAUAGAACAUCUAAGCAUCGAUCAGACGGAGAAGAAAAUGGUCAAUCCCGUAGAUGAUACUCCAAGCUGGAUGGACCCGGUUUACGGCUACCUCAUAUUUGACGAAGUCCCCUUGAAUAAGUUGAAAGCUAGAUGCCUGAGAGUCAGAUCAGCAUGGUAUGUAGUCCUGGAUGAGAUCCUAUACAAGAAAGGACAUUCACAGCCCUAUCUCAGGUGUUUUCGACCCGAUGAGGCAGAUUAUGUGAUUCGGGAGAUUCACGAAGGAAUCUGCGAAAAUCAUUCCGGCGGUCUUGCCCUGGCCUUGAAAAUACUCCGACAAGGAUAUUUUUUACCUACCAUCAGAGAGGACUCAAAGAACAAUGUUCAAAGGUGCAAUAAAUGCCAACGAUAUGCGAAUGUGCCGAGGCAACCUGCAGAGGAAAUGACUCCCAUGAGCGGUCUGUGGCCGUUCACUCAGUGGGGGAUCGACAUCAUCGGCCCCUUGUCCACAGGAAAAGGGCAAGUUAAGUUCAACAUUGUUGCAGUCAAUACUUCACCAAGUGGGCCAAGGCCAAACCUGUUACAAAAAUCACAGAACAUAAAGUGA